CACAAGGCCCGGGCGGGAAGUCACAUCUCGGGACUCCGGCUCGGCAGAGGCUGCGGACUGCAGCCCAGAGGCCAUGGAGCAGCGCCAGCUAUCGCCGCGCGGUUCUGGAAGGCCGUGGCUUCCGGGGCUUCUGCGGCUGCUGCUGCUGCUGCUGCUGGCGCACACCCCGCGCGCCUUGGUCCAGCCCGGACCCGCGCUGUGGCCCCUGCCGCUGUCGGUACAGGAUUUCAAGCGCCAGCUGCACCUAGCCCCCAAGGAAUUCUCCAUCGGUCACGGCCCCAAUUCCACGGCGGGUCCCUCCUGCUCCCUGCUGCAAGAGGCCUUUCGGCGAUACCAUGACUAUAUUUUUGGUCCCUACAAGCAGCAGCGUCGACCUACUAACUUUAAAACUGGAGCACAAUUAAAUCAACUUCUUGUCUCAGUUGUCCUUGAGUCAGAGUGUAAUGCUUUCCCCAGUGUGACUUCAGAUGAGUCCUAUUCUUUACUUGUGCAAGAACCAGUGGCUGUCCUCAAGGCCAACAGAGUUUGGGGAGUAUUGAGAGGUUUAGAGACCUUUAGCCAGCUAGUUUAUGAAGAUUCUUUUGGGGCUUUCACCAUCAAUGAAUCCAACAUUGUUGAUUCUCCAAGAUUUCCUUAUCGAGGUAUUUUAAUUGAUACAUCCAGACACUACUUGUCCGUUAAGACUAUUCUUAAAACUCUGGAUGCCAUGGCUUUUAAUAAGUUUAAUGUUCUUCACUGGCACAUAGUGGAUGACCAGUCUUUCCCUUAUCAGAGCACCACUUUUCCUCAGUUAAGCAAUAAAGGAAGCUAUUCUUCGUCUCAUGUUUAUACACCAAAUGAUGUUCAUAUGGUGAUUGAAUAUGCCCGAUUACGAGGGAUUCGAAUCAUACCAGAAUUUGAUAGCCCCGGCCAUACAGAGUCUUGGGGAAAAGGUCAGAAAAACCUCCUGACUGCAUGUUACAGCCCAGAGCAACGUAUACAAGGUGUUGGGCCUAUUAACCCCACUCUAAAUACAACUUAUGCAUUCUUGACUUCAAUUUUCACAGAAGUCAGUAAAGUGUUUCCAGAUCAGUUCAUUCAUUUGGGAGGAGAUGAAGUGAAUUUUGAAUGUUGGGCAUCAAAUCCCAAAAUCCAAAAUUUCAUGAAGAAAAAAGGCUUUGGUGAAGAUUAUACAAAACUACAAUCUUUCUAUAUGCUAAAGCUUCUGAAUAUUAUUGCAUCCCUAAACAAAGUACCCAUCGUCUGGCAAGAAGUUUUUGAUAAUAAUGCACAGCUUAUUCCAGGUACAGUAAUUGAAGUGUGGAAAGAUUUAAAUUAUUUUGAGGAAUUAAGGCUCAUCACAGCAGCUGGCUUCCCUGUAAUCCUUUCUGCUCCUUGGUACUUGGAUUGGAUUAGUUAUGGGCAAGAUUGGAGAAAAUACUAUACAGUGGAACCUCUUAAUUUCUCAGGUACUGAAAAACAGAAAAAACUUAUCCUUGGUGGAGAAGCAUGUCUUUGGGGAGAAUAUGUGGAUGCAACUAACCUUACUCCAAGAUUAUGGCCUCGGGCAAGUGCUGUUGGUGAAAGACUCUGGAGUCGUGGAGAUAUCAGGGACCUUGGUGAUGCUUAUGCUAGACUAACAAGGCACCGCUGCAGAAUGGUCAAACGUGGAAUAGAAGCAGAACCGCUGUUUACUGGAUAUUGUAACCAUGAGAACAAGCUGUAACCAUGUAAACAUGAUAGAAAAAGACCACAACAAUCUGUACUACAAUCAACUUGAUUUUGAAAUCAUGUAAAUUAAGAUCUAUGGGACUGUUUUUGAAAUAAAUUAUUUUUAUGAUUGAA